CAAGACUACAUACAAAGUGUCCCUAAUCUGAAAUUAAAGUGGGCUCAAAUUCAGCCAAAAAUAUCUCAGAUUCAGAAGGGCAAAUGUGAAAUUUCCCCGAACAAAAACCCCUUCCCCUUCAAAACUAGUCAAGUCCCGUGGCCACCCGAAUUACUCCUUCCGACGCGGCGGAGAUCGAAUCGAGCGCGACGCGGCCAUGGCGACGAGAGCCCUUCCGCCGCCGGUGCUGUUUCCCCUCCUCCUGCUGCUCCCGCUCUCCGUCUGCGCGGCCGCCGCCGGUGAGGAGUUCCCGCGCGACGGGCGGGUGAUAGAGCUGGACGAGAGCAACUUCGAGGCAGCGCUGGGCGCCAUCGACUUCCUCUUCGUCGACUUCUACGCGCCCUGGUGCGGCCACUGCAAGAGCCUCGCCCCCGAGUUAGAUGAAGCUGCACCAGUGUUGGCAGGGUUGAGUGAGCCCAUCAUAGUUGCCAAAGUAAACGCUGACAAGUACAGGAAACUUGGAUCAAAAUAUGGUGUGGAUGGGUUCCCUACUCUGAUGCUUUUUAUUCACGGUGUCCCAAUUGAAUAUACUGGUUCAAGGAAAUCUGACCAGCUCGUCCGCAAUCUUAAGAAGUUUGUUGCACCCGAUGUCUCUAUCCUUGACUCAGACUCUGCAAUAAAGAACUUUGUUGAGAAUGCUGGAACGAGCUUCCCCAUAUUCCUUGGUUUUGGGGUGAAUGGGUCGUUGAUUGCUCAAUUUGGUGGGAAAUACAAGAAGAGAGCAUGGUUUGCUGUUGCAAAAUAUUUUUCUGAGGACAGCAUGGUAUCCUAUGAUUUUGAUAAGGUCCCAGCACUAGUUGCAAUCCAUCCAAAGUACAAGGAACAAAGUUUAUUCUAUGGCCCAUUUGAAGGCGAUUUCUUGGAAGAUUUUGUACGACAAUCCCUGCUCCCUUCAACUGUCCCAAUCAAUACAGAGACACUCCAAAUGUUGAAUGAUGAUGAGAGGAAAGUUGUUCUUGCAAUUUUGGAGGAUGACUCGGAUGAUAAUUCUGCACAGCUGGUAAAAGUUUUGAGGUCUGCUGCUAAUGCAAACCGUGAUUUGGUGUUUGGAUAUGUUGGAGUAAAGCAAUGGGAGGAGUUUGUGGAGACUUUUGAUAUUUCCAAGACCUCACAGCUGCCAAAGCUACUGGUGUGGGAUAGAAAUGAGGAAUAUGAACUAGUGGAUGGUUCAGAGAGAUUAGAAGAAGGCGACCAAGCAUCCCAAAUAAGCCAAUUCCUUGAGGGAUACAGAGCAGGAAGAACAACAAAGAAGAAAGUCAGCGGACCUUCUUUCAUGGGUUUCCUGAACUCUCUUGUCAGCAUGAACUCCCUGUACAUCCUUAUAUUUGUUGUUGCUCUUCUUGCUGUUAUGGUGUACUUCGCUGGGCAAGAUGAUACUCCUCAGCCAAGACGAAUUCAUGAAGAGUGAAGCAAUCUUGGAAAGCUUCUUGCACCAAAGAAGUCUAUCUAGCAGGAGAUGAAGAUCAGAGGUUAAACUUUCAACUGACACAGGUCCUGAAGAGAUCUGGUUUGAGAGAUUCUGACAUUUUUCUCUCUUUUGGCAACCAUCAAAUUCUACCUUCUGCCUUACUGCGGUUCUACCUUCUAUCCUUUUGUUUUUUUGUUGAUUGGUUAGAACAUAGAAACUACCCUCCACUUGUGAAUGUUAGGAACAGCCAUUUCAGAGUACAUCGUCUGCUUUAAAUAUUUAUGUGACUAUUUUGUUAUCAUACUCUGUCAAACUUUUGUACAACUGAUACAGGAUUAUAUAAGGUGUAUGUUCUGGUGCAUUGUUUC